AUGUACGGGGAGUGGGCAGGGCCUAGGAUGCUGUCUUUGGAGGAGGGUGCCGUGGCCGGCACCGCGCUCUCGGCGACGACGCUGCUGUGGGCCAGGAGCACAGGGAAACCACCUGAACCGCAGCCACAACUUGUGUAUCAGGAUACCUCGGGAAAUCUGAAAGGCGUGGCUUGGAGGCCUGGCUGGCCAUCCGAAGGUGUCGGUACUUUGAUAGACGACACGAAGUUCUCUGCCGCAGGCGAGAGUUCAAUUGCCGGGUUCGCACCGAGUUUCUACAUCCAGCAAAGCAAUGGCUCUGUGUCGGAAACGACCCUACACGGGACAUACACGGACCUGAAGGCGCUCCCCAUCACACCCGCUACAGAGACGCCGCUGCUGGCCCUUCCACGGACAAAGGGCCACUCCGGCAAUGAGUUGCGGCUGUUCUUCAGGAGGGAGACGGACGGACAGAUAGCCGUGUUCGAGCGAUCACCCGAUUCCGUCGCGGUGUACGAUACAGACGAGGAGCCUGCGUUGCCGUUUGGAACCGUCGGCGAGAACAGCAAUAUUGCUGGCUUCGCGACGGCGCGAUCCGUGGGAACAAGCGAUCUAAACACAAUGAUACUGUUGCAGGAUGUUCCCGGUGGAGACAUAACAUACACGUGGAGUGGUACUUCGUCAGGAUGGGAGGACACAGCGACAGAUCCUGUAUUUGAUGGAGCUGACGCAGGCGGAUUGGCAUGUCUAACAGCUGCGACGACAUGGGAUGGCUAUGGAGUUAAGCCGCUGGAGGUUUCCGAUAAUAUGAAUAAGUGCUAUUUUGUUGUCAGGGGCAGAAUCAAGGAGGUCUGGUGGGAUGGAACCAGCUGGACGGACAAAGGUUUCAUCUGA